AUAAUGAAGGCUGAAGUUACCAAAACCAAAUUAUCAAAAGAAGAUUAUGAAAAAUUCAAGAGAGCUGAAAGAAGAAAAAAUAAUAAGAAUAAAAAGAAAUCCACUAAAGAAAAAUUAGAAAUUUAAGAAGAGCUACUCAAAGCUGAUGAAGAACAGGUUGUAUAUGAUGAAGAUACUUUUUAAGAAAUUGAAGUAUAUAUUACAUACAAUUAAUUAGAUAGAUGCUCUUAUUACAGGCAAACAUUAUGACAAUUUUAAACAGGUUUUUGAUAAUUUCAAUUAACAUGCAGAAAGAUUGAUGAUGAAGACUUAUGAAAAGGUAUAUGAAACAGAAAAAGAGAAGGAGAAAGAAUAAGAAGAAUAAUAAGCUGCAGAAUAAUAAUAAUAAUAAUAGCAAUAAUAAAUACAAUAAUAAAUAAGUGAACCAAAUUAAACAAUUUAAAAUUAUUUAUAAUAGGGAAAAAAGAAAGAGGCUAAAUUAUCAAAGAAAUAAAGAAAAUAAUUAAGAUGGUUAAAAGUAGCUGAAUUAAAGUAGAAAGUAAAAAGACCAGAUUUAGUUGAAUUUUGGGAUAUUACAUCUCCAGAUCCAAAUUUUUUAAUAUAAUUGAAGAGUGUACGUAAUUCAGUGACAGUUCCUAGACAUUGGUCUUAGAAGAGAAAAUAUUUGUAAAAUAAGAGAGGAAUAUUGAAAGAGCCAUUUUAAUUGCCAGAUUAUAUAGAGAAGACAGGAAUAGCAAAAUUAAGAGAUCCUUUUGUAGAUAGAGAUGGAGGUAAGAUGGUGAGAUAGAAAUUGAGAGAAAGAAUGAAUCCAAAAUAAGGGAAGUUGGAUAUAGAUUAUUAGAUAUUACAUGAUGCAUUUUUUAAAUAUUAAACAAAGCCAUAAAUGACAAAACAUGGUGAAAUAUAUUUUGAAGGAAAAGAGGAAGAGAUGAGAGCAAAAAACUUUUGUCCAGGAAAGAUGAGUGCAGAAUUAAGAAGUGCAUUAGGUUGUAGUGAUUUUUAAGCACCUCCAUGGUUACCAAAUAUGUAAAGAUAUGGUCCUCCUCCAAGUUAUCCUCAUAUGAGAUUUAUAGGAAUGGCAAGUAUAUUUGCAGAACCAUCUUCAUAUCAUACAUCUGUAAAAUAAGUGAUAGAAGAUUCAUGUAAAAAAGCAGAUUAACCAGGAUUAUAUGCUACCUUUAAAUAUUAUGAUGAAGAAGAUUUAAAUGAAUUAUCAUAAAAAACAGGAUUAUAAGGAGAUGCUCCUGUAGAUAAAUCAUUAUGGGGUAAAAUUGAUGAAGUAGAAGAUGAAGGGGAAGUAGAAUAAGAAGAUGAAGAAGAACCAGAAGUAUAAUAAAGAUAAGAAUAAUAAUAAUAAUAAUAAUUUGAUAAUUAAUCAUAUUAAUUUGGUGAUUCUGAUACUCGUAUUCCUGGUAGAUCUAUUAGUGGAUUAUAAACACCUGAUGUUGAUUUAAGAAGAAGUAAAUUCAUAUUUAUAAUUUAUUAGAUUUAUAAAAUGAUCCAAAACCAUUAUAUUAAUAAUUAGAAUAAGUAUAAAUUGAUCCUACUAGUGGAAAUUAAAUUUUUAUGACAGGACAUACAUAUGUAUUACCAAAAUAAUGA